UUUUGACUUGACAGUCUACUAUCAAGUGAAAAUGCUCCCAGGCUUACCAUUGGCAAUUUCACUGUGGUAGACAACAGACUCGAUGAAUAACACAGCACAUUUUCCACGAUCGUCAAAUGUCAUUGCCAUCCUCUACUUAUCUCAAUCUCACAGCAUUAUGUAGAGAGGGUCAUUUGAAGGAGGCUCUGCACAUUCUGCUUACUACUCACAACCCCCCUGAAAACUCUUCUUCAUAUCUUCAAUUAUUGCAGACCUGUAUUCUCAAAAAUGCGCUUUCACAAGGGAAAAAUGUUCAUUCUUUUAUCGCUCACAGGCGCUUUGCGUUUGCUACAGGAACAACUAUUCAUAAUAGGCUUAUUUACAUGUAUGCCAAGUGUGGAAGUUCCGUUGAUGCUCGUAAAGUGUUUGACCACAUGAGAGAACGAGACAGCGUCUCAUGGAAUACGAUUAUUGCGGCAUACAGAAGACAUGGGUAUCCUCACGAGGCAGUCACUCUGUUUCACCAAAUGCAACGAACAGGUUUUCAAUCAGAUCAGUUCACAUUUGCCAAUGUACUCUCAGCCUGUGCAAAAAUGGGAGAUCUGGAAAAGGGUUUGGAGAUCCAUCAAAGCAUAAAGGAUACAGAAAUUUCGUCAAAUGUUGUAGUUGCAACUGCCCUGCUAGACAUGUAUGCAAAAUGUGGAAGUAUAGACAACGCACGUGAACUGUUUGACAAAAUACCUCAAAGAAAUGUGGUCUCAUGGACUGCAAUGAUUGCAGGAUAUGCACAAAUUGGUUUUUUUGAAAAGGCUUUAGAAACUUACAAGCGAAUGCAAGUGGCUGGUGUAAAGCCGAAUUUCACUACCUUUGCCAACAUCCUUCCGGCAUGUGCCAAAAUGGGUGCUCUGGAACAGGGUAUGCACAUCCAUAAAGGCAUAAUGGAAGGGGGAUUUUUGUCAGAUGUUGUAGUCGCAACUGCCCUGGUAGACAUGUAUGCAAAAUGUGAAAACAUAGAGAAGGCACGUAAGCUGUUUGACAAAAUGCCUCAAAGAAAUGUGGUCUCAUGGACUGCAAUGAUUGCAGCAUAUGCACAAAAUGGAAUUGCUGAGAAGGCUUUAGAAACUCUCAAGCAAAUGCAAUUGGCAGGUGUAAAGCCAAAUUCCACAACCUUUGCCAGCAUUCUCCCUGCCUGUGCCAAAAUGGGAGCUUUGGUACAGGGCAUGGACAUCCAUCAAAGCAUAACGGAAGGGGGGUUUCUGUCAGAUAUUGUAGUUGCAAGUGCCCUGGUAGAUAUGUAUGCCAAAUGUGGAAGCAUAGACAAGGCACGCAAAUUCUUUGAUAGAAUGCCUCAAAGAAAUGUGAUAUCAUGGAAUGCCAUGAUUGCAGGAUACGCACAAAAUGGAUAUCUUGAGAAGGCUUUAGAAACAUUCAAGCAAAUGCAAUUGGCAGCUGUAAAGCCAGACUCUACAACCUUUGCUAGCAUUCUUCCUAUCUGCGCCAAAAUGGGAGCUUUAGAACAGGGUAUUGACAUCCAUCAAAGCAUAAAAGAUAGAGGAAUUUUGUCAGAUGUUGUAGUUGCAACUGCCCUGGUAGACAUGUAUGCAAAAUGUGGAAGCAUAGAUAAGGCAUGUGAACUGUUUGACAAAAUGCCUAAAAGAGAUGUUAUCUCAUGGACUGCAAUGAUUGCAGGAUACGUGCAAAAUGGAUUUGUUGAAAAGGCUUUAGAAACCUUCAAGCAAAUGCAAUUGGAAGGUGUAAAGUCAAAUUCCACAACCUUUGCCAGCAUCCUCCCUGCCUGUGCCAAAAUGGGUGCUUUGCAACAGGGUAUGGAAAUCCAUCGAAGCAUAAUGGAAGGUGGGGUUUUUUCAGAUGUUAUCGUUGGAAAUGCUCUGGUAGACAUGUAUGCAAAAUGUGGAAACAUAGAUAAGGCAUGGGGAUUGUUUGACAAAAUACCCCAAAGAAAUUUGGUCACAUGGAAUGCCAUGAUUGCAGGAUAUGCACAAAGUGGACUUGUUGAAAAGGCAUUAGAAACUUUCAAGCAAAUGCAAUUAGCAGGUGUAAAGCCAGAUUCCACAACUGUUACCACUAUCCUCCCUGCCUGUGGCAAAAUGGGAGCUCUGGAACAGGGUAUGGACAUCCAUCAAAGCACUAUGGAAGAGGGGUUUUUGUCAGAUAUUAUGGUUGGAAAUGCUUUGCUAGAUAUGUAUGCAAAAUGUGGAAGCAUAGACAAGGCACGUGAACUAUUUGACAAAAUGUCUCAAAGAGAUGUCAUCUCAUGGAAUGCCAUGAUUGCAGGUUAUGCACAAAAUGGAUUUUGCGAGGAUGCUCUCAAAAUCUUUAAAUUAAUGAAGCACUCUAGAACAUUUCCUGACAUUGUAAGUUUUGCUUGUGUUCUAUAUGCAUGCAGCCAUGCAGGAUUGGUAGAUGAGGGCUGCACAUACUUCAAUCACAUGAGUAACCCUUAUUGCAUUACACCUACAAUUAAUCAUUAUGUGUGCAUGGUUGACCUUCUUGCUCGUGCUGGCUAUCUUGAGGGCGCCCUAAGAUUUAUCAUUAAGUUGCCAGUUAAACCCAUGGUGGUUGUGUGGAUGUGUUUUCUUAGUGCCUGCAGAUCACAUAUGAAUAUAGGCUUAGGAGUAUUUACAGCAACGCUGCUUUUUGAUUUGGACCCUACAAAUACCGCAGCUUAUGUUCUUCUCUCAAACAUCUAUGCAAAGGUGGGCAAGUGGGCCAAUGUUCAAAAUAUACGGAGAUCGAUGAGAAACAGAGGAAUAGAAAAAAUUCCUGGAUGUAGUUGGAUUGAAAGCCAUAAAAUGGUACAUGCUUUUUGUGCAGGAGACAUAUCACAUCCAAAAACACAGGAGAUCCAUGCAAUGUUGGAAAAAUUAGCUUUGGAGAUGAAGGCAGCAGGUUAUUUUCCAGAUUCAAGACAUUUACUUAAUGAUGUGGAAGAGGAGGAAAAGGAAUUAUUUCUCUACCACCAUAGUGAAAAAUUGGCAAUUGCAUUUGGUUUGUUGAACACACCCCCUAGAACAACCAUUAGAGUUGUUAAGAAUCUUAGAGUAUGUAUUGAUUGCCACACUGCAACUAAAUUUAUCUCCAAGAUUGUUGCCAGAGAAAUUGUUGUGAGAGAUGGAAACCGUUUCCAUCAUUUUAAACAAGGACAGUGUUCUUGUGGAGAUUAUUGGUGAUGCUAAUGAAGCAAACUAAAAAAUAGGCUUGCACUAUAAUAAUGUGCUAAUUUUUCUUCUUUUUUUUUUCUUUUUUCCUUUUGCUUUUCUUUUUGUGAAUACUUGGUUAUCUAGACUAUGAUAUAGACUUCAUAAAAUUAUAUAUACUAUUGGUGUAACUGUCAAAGACCUAUUUUAUGAUAACAUGGGCAUUUUAUUGAAUUGUUU